AUGGCGUCCGCUUCAUUUUAUCUCUUGGGCGAAGACCCAUCAACUGCUCGUGUCAUCGAGAUCCCAGACCGUACCGACCAUGAGGGUUUGCAACAUUUGAUUGCCUCUCAUUUCGCGGUUGUCCAUCCCAAGGGAAUUGCCUUUAAUACCAAGGACUCCGUUCUUGAGUCUGUCCCAGAUAUUCUCGCACAAGCAGAGCCAGUUGCCAUUACCAUUGACGGUCGGGCCGUGCGACCAGUUCCUGGACCCCAGGGUCUGCCAUAUGUUGGCAACUACUUUGAGAUCUUUCCGGACCAUGUUGGAAACCAUCAGCGAUUGUAUCAGCAGUAUGGUCCUAUUUUCAAGACUGUCAACAUGGGCUGCACUUCAUACCACACCAACGACGCUACCCUAAGUGCAAUCGUGUUCGCCGAGAGCGAUUUCUUCUCCAAAAACAUUAUCGAAGGUCAUCCUAUGCGCCCUCUCAAGAACCCAGAUGCCGGCAUCUUCGUGUCUGAUACAAACACGGAAGCGUGGCGCAUGUCACACAAGUUCAUAUCGCCUGCUCUUGGCCCCAAGGCCGUACGACACUAUGCACCUGUUAUGCAAAAGGUGGUUGAAGAGAGUUUCCCAGUCUUUGAUGAACUUGGUGACCGCGAUGAGGCCUGGAACGCUUGGCCGUAUAUGCUUAAGAUGUCUUCAUCAAUUAUCGGCAAGUUAGUGUUGGGCAUGGAUUUCAAACAUUUUGAGGCCGUCGACACACCCAUGCACGAGGUGCCCCGAUUGAUUGCCCACUUGCUUGAGCUGAACAAGAAGAUCUCAACCAAGGGUGACUGGUACAACAAGCUUCCUUUCGGAGACCCAGCCCGUCUCAGGGCUUCCAAGAAGCGUCUCGAUUCUCUUUUCGAAGAGGCUAUCGAGGCGGCCUCAAAGGGUGUUGAGGAUCUAGAACUUCAAGAGGCUGCCCUCAAGGCUGAAAAUAUUGUUGACUAUUUGCAACGUGCCACCGAUAACAAAGGAAAUAAGAUGCCCAGAGAUCGUCUCGUAGACCCCUUGAUUGUUACCAUUGCCGCUGGGUUUACUACAACAACCACCAUCUUGGCAUGGCUCAUUUAUGGUCUAGUUGAAUACCCCGGCAUGCAGGAUCGCCUGUUGCAAGAGUUGAUUGACUUUGGCUUCACAGCGGACACAGAGUGCACCGUGGAUCUGAUCAACAGCAUGCCAUUCCUCGAUGCUUACGUCAAGGAGACCCUCCGACGACACAGUCCCUCAUUCCAGCCUGCACGAACCUCCAGGGUUGACUGUAUUUUGCCAGGCGCAUACAAACUUCCUAAAGACUCCGUCGUGAUCUCCGAGACCUGGCACGUCCACAAUAAUCCCAAGGCUUGGGACAACCCAACUCGAUUCGACCCAGACCGCUGGCUUGGAGACAACACCAAUAUCCCCAAAGGAGCUUUCAUCCCCUUUGCUACAGGCCAGCGCAUGUGCAUUGGCAACAGUUAUGUGCUUCAGGCAGUCAAGAUUUUCAUCCCCAAGUUGGUAUAUCGCUAUGAGUUCCUCCAAGCAAGUGAGGAGGCCGUUGAGUACGAGCCUUACUUCCAGCUCAUCCGCCCGACAAACUUGUAUGUCCGCGCUGAGAAGAGGGUCAAAUGGCUCCCCAAGACUGAGGCAUAG